AUGGCGCCGUACAACGCAAAGGUUGACACGCCUCGUGAUGUCGAGGACGAUGAUUUCGAUUUCGAGUACUUCUCCCGUACUUAUAAGCCGCUAUCAAACCUCCCUACCCCUCCUCCGUCAUCGAGGAAUUCGGCUUCCCCAAGUCCAGUCCUUGGCCUGGACAAUGACGAGUUUGUCGACUCCAAACUAUUAGGACCAGCAGUACAUCUCGUCAACCUUCACCCACCCUCAGCAUCCAUCGCUUCGCCAUCCAUCUCCCGCGUCCAAUCCAUCCUUACCCGCGCCGCCCUCCCUCUCGAAACGAUUGCAUUGGCCGUUUGCAUUCUCGAUUCGCUCGACUCCAAGUUCUCCCGCAAAUGGCGCAUGGACCUGCCCCUGGGGGCAACCUCGUCCAGCAAGCGACACACAAUUUCAGCUGCUUCUAGCCUCGUCACACACAUUGACUUGGUCAGCCCCGAGCUCAUCAUCCUGACAGCACUUGUUAUCGCCUUCAAAUUUACCGAGGACUGCCAAGAGCCAACACAGUACUAUGCUUCGGACUGGGGCAAUGGUAUGUGGACGUGCGACCAGAUCAAUGCUACGGAGCGGAGUAUUAUGGAGCACCUGGGGUAUCGCAUCCUACCACUUUUCGAAAAAUCGAUUAUCGAGGACGCCCUGGACGACAUGAAGAGGGCUGGACAAAUGGCAUUGAGGGAGAGGGAGAUCAACAGACAGAGAGUAAAGCUGGAUGUUGGCCACUCGAGGUCUAUCAGUGUACCUGUGCGACCAGGAGCCGGCGAUGCCGUUUUUGGCCUGGGCUUCCAGUUGACACCACUCGACACACCCACCGAAGAGCGAUCGAUGGAACUGGGUACGCCGCAGUAG